GAAAAGUGAUUCGACAUUCACACCGGGUAGUCCGUGAAAGCGUCGUUUUUGAGAAAAAUUUGCUUUUUGUAGCUAAAAUGAGUGAAGUGGGUAUCAAGGAUACCAAUUCCAUGGAGCUAACUGUCCAGGAAGCUGAGCUCUACGACCGGCAGAUUCGUCUGUGGGGACUGGAAUCGCAGAAAAGAAUCCGGGCAGCUAGAAUCCUCAUCUGUGGUAUCAAUGGCUUGGGAGCUGAAAUUUCGAAGAACAUCAUACUUGCCGGUGUGAAAUCUGUGACAUUUUUGGAUCACAAUGUUGUCUCUGAGGCAGAUAGGUGCUCUCAGUUCCUGGUACCUGUCUCCACUCUGGGACAGAAUCGUGCUGAGGCUUCUCUGACUCGUGCUCAAGCUCUGAAUCCUAUGGUGGAGUUGAAAGCCGAUAAGGAUGUUGUGAGUGAGAAGCCUGAUGAAUUCUUUACGUCCUUCGACGUGGUGAUUGUGAUUGGGGCACCUCGCCGGGAAAUGAUUCGCAUAAAUAACGCAUGUCGCAUGAAGGGGGUGAAAUUCUUCGGGACGGAUGUCUGGGGUAUGUUCGGCUACUGUUUUGCUGAUCUACAGGAGCACCAGUUUAUCGAAGAUGUCUUUAAGCACAAGAUCAUCUCCAAGGAGCAAGACAAAGUAAAAACGGAACUUGUAGCUGUACCAACGAAGAAGACUCUGCUGUUUCCCCCUCUGCAGGAUGUCUUUGAAUUUGACUGUCGCAAGCGUGAAUACCUAAAAACAGUCAAACGCAAGGGAUUCGCUUUGAUGAUGUUUAUGAUCCUGCAUCGAUUCCGCGAAGAGCAAAAGAGAGAUCCAUGCUUCAAAAAAGCCCCCGAAGAUCAAGCAAUUCUUCUGCAGUAUCGAGAUGAAUUAGCUUCCGGAAUCAUUCCCGAUUCCGCCUUUACCCAUCUCUAUUCCCAAAUUUCUCCUGCAGCAGCAAUUGUGGGUGGCGUAGUUGGUCAGGAGGUCAUCAAGAGUGUCUCACAGAAGGAGGCUCCUCACCACAAUCUCUUCUUCUUUGAUCCCGAGAGGGGAGACGGAUACAUCGAAACAAUAGGCAUUUAAGCUUUUCUUUUAAUUCUACCACAAUUUCUAAGGUAAUUUUCCUUUUUUUUGUCUUAUUAUUCAUUACACUUUGUGAAUUAUUUUCUUUUACACUAUAAAUUAAUUUUUUUUUGUGUCAUGAGGUUUAAUAUGAAUUAAAACACUCUUGAUAAAAGAAAUUA